GCUUCGGGCUCAGCGCCGGGGCCGUUGCUGCGUCGUGCCCGGAGCCCACGGCCCGGCCCGGCCCGGCCGCAGACAUGGGAAAAUCUCUUUCUCAUCUACCGAUGCAUACAUGUAAGGAGGAUGGCUACGAUGGAGGUACAGUGUCGGAUAAUAUGAGGAACGGGUUAGUUCACUCAGAGCUGCACAACGAGGAUGGCAGAUGUGGGGACGUGUCGCAAUUUCCCUAUGUGGAAUUCACAGGAAGGGACAGUGUCACUUGUCCUACCUGCCAGGGAACAGGAAGGAUUCCACGAGGGCAGGAAAACCAGCUGGUAGCAUUAAUUCCAUACAGUGAUCAGAGACUGAGGCCAAGAAGAACAAAACUCUACGUGACUGCUUCUGUUAUUGUAUGUCUACUUCUUUCUGGGCUGGCUGUAUUCUUCUUGUUUCCUCGCUCAAUUGACGUUGAAUACAUUGGUGUGAAGUCAGUGUAUGUCACUUAUGAAGAGGGUAGACGUAUAAUAUAUUUAAAUAUUACGAACACACUAAAUAUAACAAACAACAACUAUUACUCUGUUGAAGUAGCAAACAUCACAGCCCAAGUUCAGUUUUCAAAAACAGUUAUUGGCAAAGCACGGCUAAACAACAUCACCAACAUCGGUCCUCUGGAUAUGAAGCAGAUUGACUAUAUGGUGCCCACGGUCAUACAGGAUGAAAUGAGCUACAUGUUUGACUUCUGUACUUUAGCAUCUAUCAAAGUGCAUAACAUAGUAGUGAUGAUGCAAGUGACAGUGACAACCUCUUACUUUGGCCACUCUGAGCAAAUAUCCCAAGAGAGAUACCAGUAUGUGGACUGUGGAGGAAACACAACUUACCAGCUGGGCCAGUCAGAAUAUUUAAAUGUACUUCAGCCUCCACAGUAAAAGCACCUGUUAGUUAGUGUGGAAUGACUGCUCUUGAUGCUUGCAGAGAUCCUUUAAAUAGGACUGGUACUAAGUAAAGGUGAGAGUAUGUGCAUGUAACGCAUAGCAAACCUGGUGGCCUGUUCACUUGAAAUGCAAGGAGGGAAAAGGUGCAAAAUGUAUAUAGAUGCACUUGUUAAAUGUUGUGUUUUCCCCUUCUGUUUGCUUUCUGUUACUGUAAACACUUCUGUCAAGUUGUGUGGUUGGAUGGGGAGGGGAAAUUACAAAUUCUUGAACUGAAUUUGAAUUUGACCUUUCCUUACAGUGUGGUACAUCAACUUAGAGUAACUGUGUGUGUUUCUGUCAGUUUAGGUGAAAUGUGUCACUAAUGAGCAUUUUAGAAAAAUUGGUACUCAUAAAUUUUAAGUUUAUACUUUAGUUCUUGAUAUUUGACUCUUGAAAUUUACAGUAUAACUACUUAAGUAACAAGAUUUCUUUGAGGUAUCUGAGUGUGAAACUAGUAUUAGUGGCAAUAGUUCUUUGUUUUGGGAUUCUACUUUUCAUUUGCUAUACUUGAUUAGAGGUGACAUGCAGUCUGUGAAAGCCAGGAAAGCACUCAUGGAUGACGCUAUACUUGAAUGUGCAACUUCUAGAAUCUGGCAUCUUUUCUUUCAUAUUUCCCCUUGCUACCUCUGCGCUGUUAUAAGGAGAAUGUAUGUUGUUAGGUUUAAAGUAAGGUUAAAAAAAAAAAUCCCCCAGAAUCACUACUGACAAAGGAAAAAUUCAAAACUGUGGAAAAUGAAGGGGUAAGACUUUGGCAGUGUCAUUCCCGUUUGUUCUUUCGAUUAAACUUUUGAGUACAGCUAUUAAAAUCAAAAUUGUGUAGUUAGGAACCAAAUGGGAAGCUGUUUGAAUAUGGGUUUGGGCAGCUUGAUGUAAAUUUUCGGCAUUUUUAUUGUUUUAAUGUACCGUGUACUAAGCUACUUGUCAGUGUUCAUACGUUGGGGUAUGCGUAUUUUGUGCACAGACUCAUAAGCAGUGCAGUAGUUACCUGAAUCUCCUGAGCGCUCACAGUUCACAAUGGUUAUAUAAGUGAGGAUAGAGCAACUCCUUCUGUAAGAAUAAAUGAUGAUGUAAUCAUGAGACUGACUUAUAACAAAACUAUUAAAAAAUAGUUUCAUUGUUAGUUUGCACAAUGAGAAUUUCCAGGGCUUCUACCAAACACGGUGAUUCUAAAUUUGAGGUCCAAAGUUGCUUGACUUCUGAAGGCUGACUAUUUGAAUGGUUAGGGGCAAAACUUUUUAAAUUAACUAGAUCAGGAUUGUUUUAUUUCAGUAUUAAAUAAGAUGCAGCUGUAAGAAAGUACUAUUGAGACCGUUGCAUUGUAAUAAAUUCUAAUUUUUUUAAAAUAGGUGUUGCGGUUUUUAUGCUGCCUAUCUCCUGGAAAUAAGCUAAUUAAAAUGAACUAGUAAUAAACACUAUGGAAAAA